CACUCUGUCACAACAGAAUCAACCAAACAACCCAAAGUCAGCUUCAUCCCUUCCGCCGACCGCCGAGAAGGUGAAACAUCAUUUCCAUCAGCCAUGGCGGACCAGAAUCAGACGGCUCCGAAGCUCCCUAUUCCCGGGAAGCGGAACAUCCUGAUCACCAGCGCCUUGCCAUACGUCAAUAACGUGCCUCAUCUCGGCAACAUCAUUGGCUGUGUUCUGAGCGCCGAUGUGUUUGCCCGGUACUGCCGUCUGCGAGGGUAUAAUGCGAUAUACAUGUGUGGUACCGAUGAGUACGGGACGGCGACGGAGACCAAGGCAAUUGAAGAAAAAUGCUCGCCUAACGAGAUUUGUGACAAGUACCAUGCCAUUCACAAACAAGUUUAUGAAUGGUUCGAUAUAAGUUUUGAUAAAUUUGGGCGUACUUCAACUCCACAGCAGACUGAAAUUUGCCAAGCAAUUUUCAAGAAGCUGUUGGAGAACAAUUGGCUUUCCGAUCACACUAUGCAACAGCCUUAUUGCAUUAAUUGCGAAAAGUUCUUAGCUGAUCGGCUGGUGGAAGGUACCUGUCCUAAAGAAAGCUGUAAAUAUGAAUCUGCUCGAGGUGAUCAAUGUGCAAAUUGUGGAGAUAUGUUGAAUCCCACUGACCUAAUAAACCCAAGGUGUAAGGUCUGUCAAACCACUCCAGAAAUCCGAGAGACAAGGCACUUGUUCCUUGAGCUUCCAUUACUGAAAGAUAAAUUGGUAGAGUAUAUUGACAAAAUGUCAGUGGCUGGAGGUUGGAGCCAAAAUGCUAUUAAUACAACUUCUGCAUGGCUUAAAGAAGGACUUAAAGAAAGAUGUAUUACUAGGGAUCUGAAGUGGGGGGUUCCGGUUCCACAUGAGGAUUUUAAGGAUAAGGUUUUCUAUGUCUGGUUUGAUGCGCCUAUUGGAUACAUCUCAAUUACUGCAUGUUACACUCCAUAUUGGGAGAAGUGGUGGAAAAAUCCUGGCAAUGUGGAGCUUUACCAGUUUAUGGGCAAGGAUAAUGUUCCAUUUCAUACUGUUAUAUUUCCAUCUACACUUAUAGGAACUGGUGAAAACUGGACUAUGAUGAAGACUAUCAGUGUGACAGAAUACUUGAAUUAUGAAGCUGGAAAGUUUUCUAAGAGUCAAGGCAUAGGUGUUUUUGGUAAUGAUGUAAAAGAUACAAAUAUUCCUGUUGAGGUCUGGCGAUACUACUUGUUAACCAACCGACCUGAGGUGUCUGAUACCCUAUUUACAUGGAGUGACUUGCAAGCAAAACUGAACAACGAGUUGCUAAGCAAUUUAGGCAACUUCAUCAAUCGAGUUUUAAGUUUCAUUGCAAAACCUACAGGUCAAGGAUAUGGCUCCAUCAUUCCUGAUGCGCCAGGUGCAGAGUCACAUCACUUGACAAAGACAUUGGCUGAGAAAGUUGGUAAAUACGUGGAACAAUAUGUAGAAGCCAUGGAGAAGGUAAAACUAAAGCAAGGCCUGAAGCUUGCUAUGAGUAUCUCCAGUGAAGGAAAUGGAUAUCUCCAGGAAAGUCAAUUUUGGAAGCUUUACAAAGAAGAUGAGCCUUCAUGUUCUAUUGUUAUGAAAACUGCUAUUGGGCUGAUACACAUCCUUGCAUGUUUGUUGGAGCCAUUUAUGCCAUCUUUUACAGUUGAGGUGUUUAAGCAGCUUAAUCUGCCUCAUCAAGAACAAGUUUCACUUUGUGAUGAAAAAGGAGAUGUAGAUAGGGCUAGAAGACCAUGGGAAUUGGUUCCUGCUCAUCAUAGAAUUGGAGAACCCAAGCCAUUGUUUGAGGAACUGAAACUGGAGAGAGUGGAUGAAUUAACAGAUAAGUAUGCUGGCAGCCAAACUGAGAGAAUGGCUAGGGCUGAAGCCGAAGCAGCAAAGAUUGCUGAACAAAUGAAGAAAACCAAUAUUUCAGAUGGCAAGAAACAACAGCCAUCAAAAUCUGCAGCUGAAACUAAAUCUAAGACUGCUGCUGAGCCCAAAAUUUCAAUUACCAGACUUGAUAUCCGAGUUGGGAAAAUUUUGAAGGCUCAGAAGCAUCCUGAUGCUGAUUCACUGUAUGUUGAGGAGAUUGAUGUGGGUGAAGCACAGCCUCGAACUGUUGUCACUGGACUUGUCAAAUACAUACCGCUGGAAGAGAUGCAGGAGCGAAUGGUCUGUGUACUUUGUAAUCUGAAGCCAGCAACCAUGCGGGGUAUUAAAUCACAGGCAAUGGUUCUUGCGGCUUCCAACAGUGAUCACACAAAGAAAUUUAGUUCUGAUAUACGACUUGUAACUAAGCUUGGGAUUGGUUCUGUUUAUCUUCAAUGCUUGUCUUCAUUGUUGGGGUAUGCAUGUGUUGCGUAGACCUGUUGUUAACACCUCUGCUGUUACGAUGCCUUUCAGAUUGAAUUGGUUGAACCACCCAAGUCAGCUACUGUUGGGGAGCGAAUUACCUUUCCCGGUUUUGAAGGUGAACCAGAUGACGUUUUAAAUCCAAAGAAGAAGGUUUGGGAGACGCUGCAAGUGGAUCUGCAU